AUGAGUCCAGCACGCACCAUUCUCAUCACGGGAGCGAACCGUGGAAUCGGCUUUUCCAUCCUCCAAGCUCUCGCAACUCGAUCGCCUUCCGACUGCUAUCUCCUCGGCUGCCGCAAGGCAGAAGACGGUGAGGCAGCGAUAUCGCAAUUUCGGAACCUAGGGAUAACAGCCGAAAUCCAUGUCGUCGUCCUCGAUGUAUCCAACGAGUCCAGCAUUAAAGCCGCAGAACAGAUCAUCCGCACCACCUACCAAAAUCUGGAUGUCAUGAUCAACAACGCCGGCAUCGCCCUCCUCGAAGCACCAGACCACUCCAACAUCCCCGAAAUCUACGCAGCGACCUUCCAGACCAACGUCACUGGAGUUGCGCUCAUGAUGUCAACUUUCCUGCCACUUUUGAAAGCCACGUCCACUGAUCCACGUAUCAUCAACGUCUCUUCAGCCCGUGGGUCUCUUUACCUUGCCAGUAGUGGAAAACUCCCACCGAGCACGACAAGGUCAUACUGCGUGAGUAAGGCGGCACUGAAUAUGCUGACAGUCGAGUAUGCGAGAGCGGAGCCUGAGGUGAAGAUAUGUGCUGCGGAGCCGGGAUCUUGUAAGACUGCUUUCAACGGAUUCAGGGGGCAGAAGGAUCCGUUGGAUGGUGCGAAAGUGGUUGUGGAGUUAGCUCUGGCAGACAAAAGAAAGUAUGUGGGCGGAUUUUGGGGGAUGAAUACGGAGGAUAAGGAGGCUCAGGAGGUGCCCUGGUAG